GAAAAUGUAUAGCGGAUAGACAGUCUGGAGAACCAUGCAGCUCCAAGGCAACCAUACUAUCACAGGGAAUGGGAUACAGCAUGGCACUUUAUAGCCUGCGCUUGCCCUCGUAAAUCUGGGUCAACUGGAGAGCGCAAACUACAAUACAAGGGAAAUAAUUAGCUUUCAUUGCACAUAAUUCCUGGAUCUGAGAGGCAUGCAUCGUGCCUUCUCGUAUCCGGUGACUGUGGAGCGCAGUCGAACCAAGGAGCGCUUGGAGGCGUGUUUGGCCGGGCUAUGCGAGCUGGAGCUCCGCAGACAGCGGCAGGAGUGUCUGGUUCUGGGGGCGCUGGCUCUCGGAGACCCGCUUGCCCUGGAAAGCUCCAGAGGAGAGCUGAGAUGUUUCAGCAGCUGGGGCCAGGAAAACUUGACACUGAGACGUCAGCUGAGUGCUCUUCAGAGCUCCCCAUGGGGUCUAAUGCAAGCGCUGGAACAGCAGGUGGGAGAGCUGAGGAUUGACGCUGCUGAUGACUGUUGUGACGGAGCCCAAGGAGAAACUGGCAACAGUCGACCGAGUUCUGGUUUCUAUGAAUCAAGUGAAGGUCAGUCACCAAAAGGAAAAUCUUGUACCACUGAGCCCACAGAGAGUGUCUCCUCCUGGGCUUACACCAGUGACAGGCCAAAGUCUGUGGGAGACCCCCUUAUGCUGGAUGGAGAAUUUGAAGCACCACUUCUACGCACCACCCUACCCCGCUCCUUCUCUGCCCCCCACCCACCUCUUGAGGGUAUUGCUGAGGAGGGCACAGCCAUGGACUCCUGGCAGUGGGACCUCAGCGGAGACAAUGGUACCUGGGAGCAGCAACCUGAAGAGGAUCAGGUCACCGAAGAGGACUAUCAGCUGGCUUUGAAGGUAGAGGGUUACAUCCUGAGUCUCAUCCAACGCCAUACCCUCACACCAAGACCUUGUCAGCCUCGCACCACUUUUAGCCCUGACCCCCCAUACUGCAGUGCCUCUGGACACAGCUCCCUACACAGGAGAACUCCUUCUUUAACCACAGAGCACCGCCCUUCUGAUCAUCAUCUUCAGCCCCAUGGUGACCUUUCUACAAAUCCUAAUGGCCAGGGAUGGGGUUGUGACCUGGAGCGAGAGGCCUGUGGUGGGGAGGCCCCAUCUUUGGAGGAGGACUGUUAUUUAGCUCUGCCCUACCCCCAGCCCAAUCCAAUUUCCCUGGCUGGAAGGCUACCAUCCCCUCCGCCUUCACUGGACCAUAACUGUGGAGUUGGGGCUCUUGACCUUUGUUGUGAACCCCCAUCCCCCCAUCAUUAUCUACAUCCACAGCCCCCUAUUCUUCACAUGCACAGUUUAGUGAGUGCUCAGUAUAUUCCUGGACAAGCCUGUCAUGCCCCUCUGUGUUCCCCAAGACAUUACAACCAAGAGCAGCCAAAGUCCAACCAAGUUUUCACAUCUCCUGAUCACCUCAAGUACAGAGCAUCUAAGAAAAAUCACAGCGAGAGACAGAGAUCCAAGAAGUCAAGCAGUAAAACCAAUAGAUCCCAGUCUGAAAACAGCCUCCUGGGUCAGCGGAUGCUUCCAGAGAGGAGGUACAGCACCACAGAGAGGCCCCAAGGCAGAGGUGACCCUCAUACACUGCCUCAGAAUCAAAACCAGGUUGUCGGACACCAGGUGGUCAACAACGGCCACAACGAGAGCCGACGCUGGCGAUCUAACCUGGAGCUCAGCCAGGAUGAGGGGGAAGUCCAAGCAGGGCAGGUACACAGACGACCACCUCGAAAAGUUCGCCACGGCCCUUCUUGUUCCCAUUCCCAACCCCAGAACUACCACCAACAGCAGCACGCCAAGCACUGGCAGCAGGACUUUCAGGAAAGCGCACCUCUCUGUCAGGGGGAGGAGAGCUAUGGUGGUGCUGCCCCCGCAGAGUCCGAGUCUAGCAUGAGCGAGGUAUAUUCUCCAGCCUCCAGCUCGCUAUCCAGCGACUCAGAUGAGAGCGGGGGACUGGUGUGGCCCCAGCAGCUGCCACCCCGCCUUGCUUCUACCUCUUCUUCAUCCUCUCCCUCACCACAAGCCACUGCCAAUACCCCAUCUCAACCAAAAGCCUUUGUCAAGAUAAAAGCUUCCCACGCUCUGAAGAAGAAGAUUCUCAGAUUCCGCUCAGGGUCGCUCAAAGUCAUGACUACUGUAUGAGAAAAUCGCCAAACUAAUUUUAAACACAUAAUCGUCAGUACUGUGAUCUAACUUACUUGGCACCAAAUCCUAUGUCAAAUAUCACAUCCCAUCUUUAUAUUCAAUCUACAGUGUGUCAUAGUGAGAUUCCUUUACAUGUAUUGGCAUGAAUAAUGAUCUAUUCAAAGAUCUUUCAUUUGUACUGUCUGGUUAAAUUUAUCUUCCAGUUGACAACCAUCAGACACAAGACUAAUGGGCAGUAUACUGCUCUAAUGGAUGAUAACUGAUACCAAUUGACACGUAUCACCUAGAAGCGGAGUGACUGAAUAUGCUGGCAGUUUUCCCUCUGUUUCAUUUGCUCUCAUCAGACAAUUGUGGUUAAUUAAUAUCUGUAGUUGGACCCACACAAACCUGUAUUACUGAUAUUUUCACCAAGUCACAUCAUUAGUCUAAAAACUACAUAAAAUCUUCGUGAUACAGGCCUUGAAACAUACUAAGGUAAAUUUGUUGUGUUCAGAUUUCAUAAUAACUUCUGAUGAAUUUUUUUUUAACUAUGCUUUUUGCUGCAAGUCAUAAAGUAAACAGGAAUUUCUUUGAAUUCUUGCUUUGUGUUAAACUGCAUUCAAAUACAAGCAAAAAUUGACAUAUUUGCAGAAAAUCUACAACUAAACUUUGCAAUGCUCUUGCAAUGUUGGAGUUAAUCCACUAGAAUUGUGCUAAUGAAUAUCUCCCUAUUCCUACAAAUUCAUGAUCCUCUUUAGGAAAGUCACAGGAAUGAUUUAGAAAAUGGUUACGAUACUUUUCUGAAUGUGGUAUGAGCUCUAAAACUUAACUGAAUAACCAUGUUUAAAUUUAGUUUCCUGCAGACUUAAAACUUCUGCACCAACUGUGAGUCUCUCAGCAGGGAAUCAAUGCACUCCUCUGCAUAUCCAGCUGUUACUGAGCUCCUCUUAGUAUGUCCUGGAUUCACUGCAGUGAACUUCUUACUACCUCUCCUCUGCAGCCAGUGAACAUAAAGAACCAGACAUCCAUGUGUCAGGGAUGGAUUUAUUAGAGGCCAUAUAAAGGGGCCUGUGUACAUUCAUGCAUGCAUGUUUAAACUCACAGAUUCCCUGAAACACUGGGACCUAGACACUGUAAAUAAAUAUGUGACCUUGUUUGGAGCAACUGUAGUUUGUAAAUAAAGAAAGCAUUUCAC